AUGGAAGACGAAUUUGACGUAGACACCUGGGAUUUUGCUAGAAACGAAGGGUGGCUAACACGGAAAAUACGCAAUGGUCGGUUAUGGUGGCAUCGUUGGCGUCAUAGAAAGGUGAGCCCGCUCCACUAUGGGCAAGGGAUUGAGUUGUACAACUUGGACGAACCCGUGGAACAAGCACCCGUUAUACUCGAGCGUCAUGCAGAUGGCAAGAUAGGAGGACUGUACAAGGCGUUAUUGGGAUCAGUUGUAGCAUCAGGAGUGAUAGUUAGUGUGGUGUUGCUGCUUUACAACAUUGGGAGUACGCCAUCACGUGCCCUCGAUGUGUUUCGCCCUCAAAGGCUAUAUUCCAACGGUACGCACGAGAUGUACCCGGUAUCGGUAGUCGUAUCUUUGGAUGGAUUCCACCCUUCAUAUAUACAUCCGUUACACACGCCGUUUCUAUAUGCGCUGUAUUGCGGCGAGUCCGAGCAGUCGGUAAUAACCGCACCUUAUAUGUUGCCACAGUUUCCCUCGCAAACGUUUCCCAACCACUGGACAUUGGUUACAGGGUUGUAUCCAAGCGAGCAUGGUAUUGUAUCGAACAGUUUUUGGGAUCCCGAGUUGCAAAAGCAGUUUGUGCACACGGAUGAGGAGUACGACCCUGGAUUUUGGCUUGGAGGCGAGCCCGUAUGGCAAUCAGCACAAAAGAGCUACUAUCGAGACUCGAAGGAGGAUCCAUUCGAGUUGAAAGUGGCGACGCAUAUGUGGCCCGGUAGCGAGGUGCAAUAUACGCCAGAGCAAGAUCCGCUUAAAGUGCGGAGACCGUUUUAUCGCGACAAGUUUGACGGAGAAGAGUCGCUCGUAGUGAAGCUUGAAAAAGUGUUGCAAUACUUUGAUUUAGUGGACGAGCAAAGACCCGGUCUUAUAAUGACGUACGUGCCAACCAUGGACACGUUUGGCCACAACUACGGCGUGCCUGACAUUGGAUCUGCGAAUUACGACAAGUUUUUAUUCCAGUUGGGACUUGUGGAUGCAUUUGUGGGUGGGCUUCUACAAGAGGUGGAGAUGCGGAAUGCCAGCCAUUUUACGAACGUGGUUGUGAUGAGCGACCAUGGGAUGUCCACCGUGAACACCACGGAUGAGAGUCGGUAUCUGAUCUGGGAAGAUUUGUUGGAAGAAGAAACGCGCAAGGUUGUUAAGCACGUUAUAAUGGGCGUAUUGUACGCGGUGAGAGUUGAUGAGACAAAACAUUUGAGCAACGUUUACGAGGAGUUGAAAAAAGCGCUGAGCGACCAACCACAUUUUAAGGUCUAUCUGCGUGACAACAUGCCAUCUUAUUGGCAUUUUGCGGGACACCACAAUUUCAAUUACAGGCUGGCACCUAUCUGGAUAGUACCGGAUCCCGGGUACCACAUCUUGACUAAGCAUGAACACAAGUACAGGGUAAAACACAAAAAACAGGUUUUCGGUACGCACGGUUACAACAAUACAGAUGUGGACAUGCGAGCGAUGUUUAUAGGGUGGGGGCCUUAUUUCAGGGCGAUUGUGAAUGCAUUGCCGGAGGAGUCGGUGAAGAACGCGACAGGGUAUGUUGCGCCGUUUGAGAACGUGGAGAUGUAUCAAAUGAUUUGCGACAUGGUUGGGGUGUCUCAUCCUGCUGCAAACAACGGGUCGUGGGCGUUCCCGUUGGUGGAUAACGACUGGCGUGGGUUGGCGCUGCAGUCUGCAUGGCGCAACAGCUCGGAGUAUUUGGCGGAAAAGUAUGUGGGGUCAGCGUUCAAUGCGAUGUGGAACGAGGUGGAGGAGCCGGAGGUGGAGGAGACGUGGGAGUCCGCGAGCUCGGGCGAGUUGUUGGGGUCGUCGACGUUGCUGGAGUCGUCGACGUUGCGAUCGGCGCAGUCUCUGACGCCCUCACUCACUCCCUCGCUCACGCCCUCGCUCACGCCCUCGCAUACCUCGACUUCCUCCGCGCCCUCGCAUACCUCGACGUUCUCCGCGGCCUCGCACACGUCCAGCCUGCCGCCCGUCAGCAUCACGCCCUCGCCCAGCGCGGGCGGCAACUGGCUGCACGAGUUCAUCUCGGAGGCCGAGGGCCUCGCGCACUCGCUGCUCGGCGAGGCAGAAGAGCUGAUCGACGACCUCGUGGACCACACGGGCACGCGGUAG